AUGCGCCGUUCAUCCAGCAUCAGCAGCAUCAGCUCGUCCAGCUCCGAAUCCGAGGACACGAUGCAGAUCUUCGUCAAGACGGUAUCCGGCAGCAGCACAAUCCCCCUCACAAUCCCCUCAAACACAUCGAUAAGCACCCUGCGCUCCCUCCUCGCUCUCCGAACCAACCUCUCCACGCCCUCGGAUCUGCGCAUUGUCCACGCCGGCAAGCACCUUUCCUCAUCCGACACCACCUUGGCUGAUUACGCCAUCGGCCCCAACUCGACUCUCCACCUCGCACUCCCGCUCCGCGGCGGCAUGCCCCCAAAGAAGAUCCGUUGUUCCUUCAAGGACUGCAAGGACCGCGCACAACCCAUUGUCGGUGACUGCGGCUUCUGCCAGGGCAGGCACUGCAGCCGUCAUCGCAUGCUCGAGGAUCACAAGUGCGAGGGACUGGAGGACUGCAAGAAGGAGAGCCACGACCGGAAUGCGGACAAGCUGAACAGCGAGCGCACCGUUGCUAUCAAGGGUGUUUAG